CUGGAUGAUUGGCAAAUAUAAACAAACGAACAAGAGAUUUGUUUUCACUUUUUCAUAUAUAUUAUUUUUCCCACAAGACUUAGUUAACAUGAAAAUACUAGAAGGUCGACUGGAAUACUGAUCAUUCCAUAUAGUGUAAUGGAUUCCAUGGAUAGUAAAACAUUGGUCAUUUCAUGUUAACAAGUGAUGAAUAUUUAAAUAUUUGGAAAGAAUACAUAUUUCUAAUAGAGAAGAGUAUUAUGAGAGUAGGAUUAAAGAUAUUUAUAAUACUAUAUAUAAUUCCUUUAUAUAUUGUUAAUACUCAUAAUAUAUCUUUGACUGAAUCAAUAAACAAUGUUAAUAAUGCAAAAUUACCUAUAAUUGGACCACCAAGAGAGUUAAUGCUUGAAAUUGCAUGUGAUCAAUUACAUCCAUGUAUUAAAGCAUCAUGGCUUCCACCGAUAGAUUAUCAACAAUAUUUUAAUAAAAAUGACAAUACUACUACUAAUAAUAAUAAUAAACAUGAAUAUGACAAUAAGAAUCAACUUUUAGCUUAUAGAAUACGUUAUCAUAUUAUACAUCCAAUUGAAUUAUCCAAAAUCAAUGUAAAUAAUCCUAAUUAUCUAGACAAUAAAUUAUUAACCAAAACAAUUGAGAAAAAUAUUACUGGUUUACAAUAUACCAGUAAUCCAGGUGAACAUUUGUUCGGUGUAAUUUACGAAGUUUCUGUGGCUGGAGUUACUGAGAAUGGAUAUGGUCGAGAUGCAAUUAGUCGAAUAGCUACACCUGAAUCAGCUCCUUCAGAUGCUCCAAGUAACUUUCGUGUAGUUGGAGGUAAUCAAACAUCUGUACAGUUAGCUUGGGAACCCCCAAGAUUAUUAUAUCGAAAUGGUAUUAUAAUAAAAUAUCAAGUUCGAUGUUAUAUUGUUGGUGAAGAAGAAACUCAUGAUGAAUUAAAAACGCUAACAGAACAAACUUUAAAAUUAUCCAAUCUACCAACAGCAACACAUGCUUGUUUAGUACGUGCAUGGACUAAGGCUGGUCCAGGACCUUGGAGUGAUCGUAUUCAAUUUCUUAUAAAUCAGAAAGGUCCAUCUCCUCCGUUCAAUAUUCAAGUCUAUUGGAAAACACAGUAUAUUUUAACAAUUGAAUGGAAUCUACCAAAAGAUAAAGAAAAUAUAGCUUAUUUCAUUAUUUAUUAUGCAAAACAAAAUAAUCCAAAAUUAUGGCAUAAAUAUUUUGUAAAAGAUUUGAAAACAACAAAAGAUUUAGGUAAUUUAAGUCCAGAUGAUGAGUACUUAAUUCGUUUAAGUUCAGUUGACUUAGAUGGGAAUGAAGGUGAAUUAUCAGAUAUCAUUAAAACUAAUUCUUAUCAACAUUCAACAAUCAAUGACAAUAGUAAUGGUAAUAUCGAUAAUAAUAAUAAUGAUAAUGAUAUGAACAAUAAACGAAAUCAUAAUUUUAUAUUCAUGGAUAUACCUGAUCAACCAGAGAAAUUUACUGUACAAAAUUUUAAAUGUAUACAUAGAACAAUGAGUACAAUUACAAUUGAAUGGUUACCUCCAAUACAUUUAGCUAAUCUACUUGAAUAUCAGUUACACAUAUCUGGACGAAGUGAAUUUAUCACAAGUAGUGGUGUAUUGAAAUCUCUUCAUUUAGGUGACAUACAAUUACAUCGAAAUAUUGAUAAACAAAUUGAUAAUAAUGAACCGGAAUUGUUAAAUUGGCCAUUAGUUAAUAUGCUUAAUAGUAUGUCAGAACUCGAAGAUCAUCAUCAUCCACAGCAACAAAGGCAUAAAAUGCAAAUACCAAAUUUAAAACCAAAUAGUCAAUAUAAAAUAACUAUUCGUCCAAUUUAUCGUGCACUUAUCGCAGAGGGUAAUAUAGGCGCUAAAGAAGGUAUCCCAGUAACUAUAAUCUGUCAUACAGAAUGGAGUGCACCAGAACAUAUAAAACAACCAGAAUUACUUGCAAUUUAUGCAGGUCCUUCAGAUCCUCAAGGACCAACUUCAAUAAUUGAAGUAAAAUUACAUCGUGUAUCAGAAGAAAAUGGUCCUAUACAUAAUUAUUAUGUGAUUAUAUCACCAGAAUUGAAUACAAUAACAUUGAAUAAAAAUAUAAUCAAUAAUAUUCCAUUGAAAUCAUCCAAAUCCCCAGUUAUUGAUCCAUCUGAUUAUGAUUUGAAAAUUUUAUCACAAAAUAAUGAUUUACCAAGUAAUCAAGCACCUUAUUUAGCUUUAGCACGACAUACAAUAAAUUUAUUUAAACCAAAUCAUGAAACAGCAAUUAUUAUAUUAGGUAGUGAAGAGGUAGAUAAUUUUGUUUUGGAAACACAAUACUACUUGGGUACUAUAACUAGUAGAAAUCAAACUUAUGAUAGAAAUUUAAUGAAAACACCUAAUGUAGGAUCAUAUUUUCAUAAUGAUAUAUCAGAUAUACAGGAAGAUGAUAAUCAGAUCAGUAAAAAUAAUGAAAACAAACCUUAUUAUCAUAAUUUUAAUAGUAAUAUGUUUAUGAAAACUAUACAAGUAAAUAAUAAACGUCUUUAUCAAUCCACUAUAUAUCGUGUUGCUUUGAGAGCAUGUUCACAGUAUCCUAAUGGCUAUCAGUUAUGUUCCACAAGUCAGUGGUCCGAUAGAAUAUCACCUAUAAAUCCAAUUAAAUCUAAUACGUUAUCAAAGUUGAAAUCGUUGAAAGACAAAAUAAAUGAAUGGAAUUUACACGAAUCAUCAUCUUCAUUUGCAAUAAUUUUAACGGGUCUAUCUAGUGGUUUAAUAUUUUUUGCCAUAUUAAGUACUAUACUUGGUUGUAUAUUAAGACGUAGAAAACAACAACUCAGCAGAAGAUCUUUACUUGAAUCAAACAAUAAUAAUUUAGAUGUACAAAUAUACAGAGAUCUUAGUAAAUCAAUGUUUGGUGAAAAUUUAUCAACACCAUCUAAUUUCAGAACUAAAUGUUAUUCAUCAAAAACUAACAAUAAUAGUCUAUUGAAUUCACAACCAUCUAGUUAUUUUUUAAAUUUACAUAAUGAAGGAUCACAUAGUCCAUCGAAUUCAAACAAUGGUAUACCAAUUAUAAACUUUCCACAUCCAGGUAGUGGUGGAUUAACUGUUGAAAUGAGCCAAAUUUCUCCAUUAGCUUUAUCAUCUAAUCAAUUAACAAUAUCUGAUCUAUCACCGGUAAUCACCAGAUCAGUAUAUAUGAAUACAGGAAAUAAAUCAGAAUCACCUACAAGAAGUGUGAAUAGCAGUGAAGCAUUAAUUGGGAAAACUAUCUAUAAUAUUCAUCCUAAACUUGGUACAACAAAUAUAUUAGAGAAUUUUAACCAACUUGUUCGUGAUGGAACACUUGAAAUACAUCGAAUGCCUAUACCAGUUGAACAGUUUCAAGAAGUGAUUUAUCAAUCAAGAAAUAAUAAUUAUAUUAGUUUCCAGCAAGAAUUUCAAACAAUUGAACAAAUCUCAUCAACACGAUAUAUCAGUGCAGUACAUUCUAAUUUAGACAUAAAUAAAUCGAAAAAUCGAUAUCCAAAUAUUUUAGCAUAUGAUUGUACACGAGUUAGCAUUCAAUCAAAUUAUCAACAUCAUUCUAAUGCACAAUAUGGAAUAGUUUCAGGAUCGGAUUAUAUAAAUGCUAAUUACAUUGAUGGUUAUAGAAAACAAAAGGCAUAUAUAGCAACUCAAGCUCCUUUACCAAAUACAUUUGAUAGUUUUUGGACAAUGAUAUGGGAACAAAAUACAAGUGUUAUUGUAAUGCUUAGUAAACUUAUUGAAAUAGAACAAGUGAAAUGUGAUCAAUAUUGGCCAAAUACUGGAACAUUAAUAUUUUCUGAUAAAUUAAUUGUAACACAUUUAGAAACGAAUGAAUUAGCUAAUUAUGUAAUACGUUGUUUUGAAUUGAGAAAAGAUAAAGAACAUAGAAAAAUUUGGCAUUUGCAAUACACAAGUUGGCCAGAUCAAGAAGUACCAACUUAUUCUACUGUAUUCUUAAUGUUUCUUCGACGUGUUGGUACAAUUACACCGAACGAUUGUGGUCCAAUUGUUGUACAUUGUUCAUCAGGAACCGGAAGAACAGGCGUUUAUAUAGCAAUUAAUAUAUUGCUGGAACGUAUGAAAAAUGAAUCAGUAAUUGAUAUAUUUGGUCUGGUGAAUCAAUUACGUUUACAACGUAAUUAUAUGAUUGAAACACAAGAACAAUAUCAAUUUAUAUACACUGCAUUACUUGAAUCAAUUACAGAUGGAAAUACAGAAGUAUCUGCACGUAAUCUAUACACACAUGUACAACAUUUAUCUAUAUUACAAACUACUACCACUACUAUUAGUAGUACAAAUGAUUAUAUUAACAAUUUCAACAGUCCAUUAUCAGCAACUAUAACACCAACAACUACAUCAGUGAAUAAUUUAAACGAACUAUCUAAUAAUACAACAACAACAAAUUCAUUAGGUUUGGCUGGUUUUCAACUAGAAUUUCGUAAAAUUAAUAAAUUAUCACCUAAUAUAACUUUAGCAUUGAAUUGUAGUCAAUCAAAAACUGGUUUUGUCAGUUAUACACCACCUGGAAGUCCUAUGCAUGGUUAUAAAUUAAGUGUAUCAUGUGAUGUAGCCAAACGAAGUGUUAAUUUUAGUAAAAAUCGACUAGUCAGUAUAGUACCAUUUGAUUGGAAUCGUGUUACUCUAUGUUCAAUACGUGGUGUUGAUGGAUCAGAUUAUAUCAAUGCCAGUUUUAUUGAUGGUUAUUUAAAGAAAAAUGCAUAUAUUGCUUGUCAAGGUCCAAUGAUCUCAACUGUUGAAGAUUUUUGGCGUAUGGUUUGGGAGAAACACAGCUGUCUCAUAGUUAUGUUGUGUUCAGUGAAGGAAAGUGGAAAAGAGAAAUGUUUUACAUAUUGGCCAGAAGACAAACCAUCACGUUAUCAAUUUUUUGUAGUUGAUUUAACAGUUCAAUAUACAAUGUCUAGUCAUAUAUUACGUGAAUUCAAAUUGACUGAUGCACGUGAUGGUGAAUCACGUACAAUAAGACAAUUACAAUAUAUACGUUGGAAUGAGCAAGGAUUACCACAAACUGGUGAAAGUCUAAUUGAUUUAAUUGGGCAUGUGCAUAAAAUUAAAGAACAAUAUCAUUAUGAUGGACCAAUUACUGUUCAUUGCAGUUCUGGAGCUGGUCGAACAGGUUUAUUUAUCACAAUGUGUAAUGUAUUAGAAAGAUUACGUCAAGAAUCAGUUGUUGAUAUGUAUCAAACAGUAAAAUUAUUAAGACAACAACGUGUUUGGAUGGUUCAAACUGAAGAACAAUAUCGUUUUUGUUAUAUAACAACAUUAGAUUAUUUAAAUUCAUUUGAUUUAUGCACACAACCACAAUUAUUAAUUCAAACAACAACAAAUAAUUCACAACUGAAUAAUUCACCAAAUCUUAAAUUAAAACUGAAAUCUUCACAAUUCAAUGAUAAAACUGUUGUAUUUGAAUUAGAUAAAAAUUAUGAAUUGAAUGAUAAUAAUUUAGUUAAAUAAAACAAGAAACGAAUACUACAAAACGUUUAAUGUUCAAUGGACCCAUUUUUCUUGAAUAUAAGUGUUACAUCUCUAUACAUGUACAUUUACAGUUUAUAAGUAUCAUUCAUAUUUUAUCACUAGUAGGCAACUUGUUUGAAUAUCUGAGUUAUAUGUUCCUACCAUUUGAAUAUUUCAACAAAUUAUCUGUCUUUUGUUUGUUUCAUUAUGUCAAUCAAUUGAAUAACCUAUUUAUGUGCAUUUGGUGAAAAGGAAAGAGCACAAUCAGAGACAUUAUUCAGAUGUCAAUUCCUCAAUUGAUAACAUCUAAUUAGUGAUCAAUCAAUAUACAUCGUCGGGAUCGAUCACGAAUUAAGAAAAGGAAACUUAUUGAAAUAGUUUGUGUUGAGAACUCGUUAUUGUACCAAAAAAAUGUAAUACUGAAUAAGGCCAUUAAUAAUCAUAAUACCAUUGUGUUACAAUUAUGUAAUGACAACAAAAUAUUGUAAAAAUUUGUUCAUAUCGAUCAAUUUGAAGAAGAAACAAACUUCUAAUGAUCAGCGAUUGAUAAAUCAUUGAUUAAGUCAUCAAUAUUUUCCAGUUUUCUAUAUGUUUCAUUGGAUUUUUAUUACUAACUAAGUAUACUAAUAUAAACACAGUUCCAAAAACAAAAAUUGAGUUCAUUUAUUUUGUUCAAUUGAAUACAAUCAUUAAUGGGUUUUUAGAGAUUGACUAGUAUUACAUACUAUUGAAAUUUGAUUGCCAAAGGAAUUCUUAUUGAAAAUUAGUAAAUAUUUAAGUGAACUUGAUACCUUGUAAUGACAUAAUAUUCAUUGUGUUCUUGUGUAUAUAUAUUUAUAUGCAUUCAUUAGUAAGUUGGUUGAAACUAAGCUGAUGUGAUGGAUUGAUCUUCUUCGAGUUUAAUCUAAUUCAAUUGUUCUGAUUACAUAAACUUUUUAGAAUGUUAAAAUUAGUACAAGUGAUAUUAUGAUAACUAACACUAGAGGAGGCUUUUGAAGAUCAUUGAGUGAAAACGAAAUCAUAAAAUGACUAAACUAAGAAAUCUCUUGAAAAUUAUGCAUGAACAUCUUCAAGACUGCGCAUCUAUUACUGUAUCACGUAAUGAAUCCAAUAUCCUCGGUCCCUCGACGAGCGCUUAAUCUCUAGACAACCUAACCUGCGUCCGAUGGUUUUCAUGUUUAACUUUAGUCAAUACACAAAAGUACACAACCAAUCCUCAUUGACUUCUAUGAAUAGCUGACUAGAAUCCGAUAUGGUUGAACUUCACUAUCCAUAAACUCUAAGUAGAACUUCUGUAAUUACCUCUGAAAAUCAGUGAGUAAGGAAUAAUUAUCAGAAUGGAGAGUUUAGGGUGAUGGGUAAAAAUUAUUGAAGGCAAUCGAAGAUUGGUGUGUGAUAUUGCAGGCUGAUUCCAGUUAACAUGAUCCUGGCUUAGUAAUCUAGAGCUCGAGCGUUCUCAGGAGAACCAGGGGUACUGGGUUCGAUAGUCAUUGGAGUAAUGGAUGCUCUUUGUUAUGUCGUCAUGAACAGCGCAGAACCAGGAACAUGUACGUACCAGCAAAGUAAGAUGAAAUUAUCUGGAUAAAUGCUAGAGUAGUGGGUGUAGUACCAGUAGUAACUGAAUAACAUUAGGUAAAGAAAAUAUGAUUCGACAAAAGAAUGAAUUCGCGAGAUAAAAUUAUCAAAGAAUGUUAUGACUGAAGACUAAAUGCAUCUUCAUCAUGACUGUUUCUUUACAAUGUCAUUCAACAUCUACAACUAUUGAUCACGGCAAUCACUCUGAUUAAAUGAGAUAGUCUACACAUACACCGACGUGGCUCAAUCCAACGAUCAUCAAUUUCACAAAAUGAUGCCACGUUUUUGUUUGCUAACCCACAAUUCGCUUUUAAAUUUCGUAACAGAGUGUCAAAUUAGGCGGUGGUUGAGCACCUGUGAUACAUGUUUUAACCACUUCAGUCAAUCAAGAAUCAAUACCUUAUCAGCUGAUUAGUAUUGUAUACCUGCUAUGCUUAGUCUAACUUCAGCUUUGAUCAAUCAGUACUUCAAACAUACUCGGAUAAUGCUUUGAAAACUUCUAUGAUCGGAUUCUUUUACAACCACCAAAUUUCCUCUGUUUACCUGGUAACGUAUUAAAAAUAAGAAAGGAUUGUGCAGGACAGAGUUGGAUGGAGAAUGUUGGUGGACUGCCUAUGCUCCUCCGUGAGGGGUAACAGGCGUAAUUUAGUAAAUAAGUACUUGGAAGAUCUUAUACAAAGUAUUUAAAAUAAGAGGAUCUUAUGUGGAUUUUUUUGAAAUAACUUCAGUGAUAUGAAAACAUUAAUUGUACGAUAUCCUUUUGUAGUUCAAGACAAACCUUAUCAUGAGUUAACACUAACUGGAUAAAAAUAGAAAGCUACGUAGAUUUAAAAACUGUUUCCUCCCUGUCACUUUUAUAGUUAUACUUUACACUGCUUAGCAAUUAAAAGCCACAUAUCCUAAUCUUUGUUUAUUAUCCUUUAUAAAACCUUUAAUAUUCAUUAUUGUAUUUCGCCUCUGACAGAAAAUUACAGAUAUUAACAAGGCUGGAGACAAAUGGUAAGACUCACUGGAACUAAGUUUCGUGUUUAGUUGGCACUUAAUAGCAAGUUAAACCUAAAUGAACUGAUGCUCCCAGAAUUAUUUGGAAAAAAAAUUAGCAAAUCGCUAACUGAUCCAUGGCCCUCGAACAAAGCUACAUGUUGGACAAAAAUCGUACUAUAUAAUCACUCAACAACUAAUUAUUGUAACUCACAGAAAUUGUUUAAAAAACUAUUCAUUGAGAUAUAUGUACAUUCAGCUGAUAAGUCUUAGGAUGAAACGAGCGUCUUAGAUUCCAUUACUAAUCACUCGUCAAAUUUAAUAAAAACUAGUAACUAAAUUGUACUAUGGAGAAAGUCCUCUCAGGAUGCAUAUAAGUCAAACGAGACUGGUCGAUCAUAGUCCUCAAUUAUCAACAACAACAACAAAAAAUAGAAACUCUUGAAAACAAAGUUUUUACAUGAUACACACGGUAUUGACUAUCUGAUCUCAGGAACUUAAUAGAUAACGUAUGUUAGCUUUUGAAAGGAAAGAUACUGAGUUCUAACUUUGAUAUGAACAUCAACCCACCGGAAUACAGAGAUAUCAAGAUGAUGAUUCAUAAAUACGAUAAAGUGCUGACCUUGAAUCCCACUAUUUAUUUAUCGAUCUACAGAUAAUAUCUGUUUCAUUUCAAAUUAAAAGAAUGUAUAGUUCAUCAUUAUAUUCCACUCGACAAACAAUGUUUUUUCUUGUUUUAAUUAAAUAUAAUAAUUAAUUACUUACGCCUGUUACUCUCAAUGGGGCAUAAGCCACCGACCAGCAUUCUCCAACCCACU